GAUUGCUUGGCAUUGUGCAGCGGAGCGUGGUGGUGGUGGCGAGGGACGAGCGAGCUCCCGAGGACGACGAGAUGAGGGCCAUGCCUGGCAUAGCCAUGGGUCCGUCGUGCCAGGCGGUGGUGAAGCUGCAGCGCGAAAUCGGUCGAGCACGAAUUUGCUCUGGAGUUCUGUUGGCUUGUGGCUUGCGGCCAAAUUGGCAGCGGCAUUCGGAUUUCACUCCCUCCUCGCACGGGCUUCUCGACGCGCCAGGCUUUGAAUUGUCGAGGAAAGGCAGACGUCGGAGUCAAAUGCGGGCAUGCGAUCAUGGCAGCUCCCCAAAAGACUCGAAUGCGGCGGAAUCGAACGCUUCAUCGGCUGCUGCCGUCGAGGAUGUUACCGAAGUUGCGCAUUAUGUGUAGUCGGAAACCUUCUCGAGACUCCCUGCGUCGGUGCCCUGGGACGGCACGGCGGUGGCGGUGACAGUCGUCACGUACCUCGGCGUCGUGCAUGGACCUCUGGGCGUCGGAGGGCUCUCUCUGGUGGCAAGUCUUCUGCAUGAACCGGACCUAGCUCCGCAAACGAAGGUGGGGGCAUUCGAUCCAAUCAUGACCAUCAUCAUAAUCAUCAGUCGAAGGUCGAGUCGAGCCUCGUAAUGAUCUUCUUCUGCUCUUUGACAUUUCUGCCCGAUUGUGCCCCAUUUUCCUUGCAGGCCGCAUCGCUGCUAUGCCUUCAGUCUCUCGAAGCUCUGGCAGCCACUUGGUUGGUGCAGUCGACGGUCCAGGAGCACGACGACGCCAUUGCUGGUCGGAUCCUCGAGCCACAAUUCUCUCGAGUCUUGAGGAACCGAGGGUGGCUUCCGACCUCGGUCCUCUGUCUGAUCGGGCUGCUGUUGGUGGUCGUCGCCACGAGCAGCACCGCAGCUUGUGCACCUAAGCACGGCGAUUCGGUGGUGGAGUUUGUCACAGCAGGUGGCAUGUCUCGGACGGGCAUCAUCGCGGUGAGCUGUCUGAUCACGCCGUAUUUGGAGGAGUACAUGUACCGAGGCUUUCUGUUGACAUCUCUGGCAGCCUACUUCGGAUGGCCGGCGGGCGUUCUGGCGAGCUCGGUCGUCUUUGUGCUUGCCCACUUGCCCUUAGCAGCGGGCGGUCAAGCCUUGGGAUUAUUGUUCACUGGGUGCGUGCUCGGUGUGAGUUUCGUAUACACGGGCAAUUUAGCAACAUCUUUGGUUAUCCACUCGCUUUACAAUGCAACUCUUUUGCUGGCCCUGUCAUCGUCGUCGAGUUGUUGAGCCACAAUGACUCGAUGACUCGAGCAGGCCGAGUGACUCUCUGUGUCUGUCUCGAGGAUUUUCGACGGAUCCCGUACCAACGACUCAUCUAAUGUAAUGUAGUUAUUGCGCCCAUCUCCUGUUCGGACAUGGCCCUGGAGGAUCUGAAGUGAAGCUGAGGCCUUCCUUCCUUCCUUCCUUCCUGUGAGUCGAUGAGCUCUCAUGGCCAUCGUUAUUACAAGUAAAAUUCCCCCGUGGGUUUUAAAGGCGUUAUGGUUG